GGCGAAAAAGUCGCUGCUAUUGAGCUGAUACAAUACGUUCCAGAAGUAAGCAAUGUGACUGUUCUUAAUUGCACAUCAGGUGGUAUCAAGGUUUGGUUCCCAGAAAAAGAGGUCACUAUAAGGAAUAGUUCCUUCGUGAAUACCGGAGGAAAUGGAACUGAUCUUAUCAUUACGAAAACAAACAUUACACUUGAAAACGUCAAAUCGAUGAAUAACGAGUUUGGACUGAGUUUUCGUGAAGAGUACAGUGAUUGGAUUAAUGGUAUUUCAUACGGGCAAAUCAAUCUGUGCUCCCCACAAAAAGUGGUUAACAUCACGGAUCACGAUUUAUUCAUUUACGUUAGAGCACCAUUUAAGACUUUUUCAAAUCUAAAGAUAUCCUGCAAGAUAAAGAUUCAAACAGAGGGAGAUGCCGGCUUUGCUAUUCAACUGCUAGUGAUGCGAAGUUCAAAAUCUUUUGAGAUAGAAACUCCGCAUGGACGUAAAAUCUCAGGUCAAUUUUCAAAGCGAAGAAUGAUGGGGUGGGAUUAUUUUACAGUCAACUUCGAAGGAUGGUACAGUAGCGAAAUGCUUUUGCAAGUUCAACGAGUUGAUAGCAAAGAUAUACCUUGUUCUUUUGAUGAUGGAUUCUGUGACUGGAGACGCUAUCCCAAGUCACGUUUCAGGAACAAUGCUCUGACUCAACAAUGGUAUCAUGGCUGGGAAUCCUCUGGUUAUGACCACACCUAUUCAAUGUAUGAAGGGAAAAUACUAUGGAUUCAGGCCAAAGGAUCCUGGGUAUCUGGCUAUGGUGCCUUCGCCAGCCCAUCAAUUUUCAACGACAGCAACUACUGUUUUUUGGUGUUCUACUACAAGCUGGAUGCUUGGGCUUCCCGCAAAGCAUCGAUAUCUGUCUAUUUUGUGGAAGAUAAUACUGAUAAGUCGACACUCCUGUGGUCCACGAGCGAUUCAGUGAACGAAUGGGAAAAGAAAGUGAUUGAGCUACCCAGUGCUAAUGUCAGUUACUCAAUUGUGUUACUGGGAUAUGUGGAGUCCUGGGGCGACAUUGACAUCGACGACUUGGCUUUCGUUCGUUGUGACUCGUCUGCUUUCAUGCACCAAGUAACCGGAAGCGUUUUCAGCGGAAACGUCAAGCAAGGUGUACGGUAUACGUCGACUCAGAGUGAAAGAAGAAUUUUUAGACUAAAACGUUGUCAAGUAACAAACAAUGGUCUUAAUCCAGUCCUUAGCGGGAGGCCGUCAGGAGCAAUUCAUUUCACUGCUGUUAAACAAGAGUUUGAAAUAGUCAAUAACUACAUCGCCGGAAAUAAUAACGGAGGUAUUUAUUGUAGGAUAUUCAAUGAACUGUCCACGAGUAGCCUACCAGUAAGCCAUAUCCAUGCUAACACCAUUGAGAAUAACAAAGGUGGCAUAUUACAUGUAGAAGGCGUUUCUGAGCCCUAGAUGAACGUUAUUGUUAGCAAUAACUAUUUUUCUCUAAACCUGGCGCAAAAAUGGGAUGGUUCAGCAAAUAAUGUCUGUGUCAUAACAAAGUUUACGGCAAUCGUUCAAGGAAAUUUCUUUUACAACAACGUCGGCCAUUACGUCUUUCUGUACGAUAAUUCCCAAACAAGUAUUGUUGGUCUUCGAUUUGUAAAUAAUACCUUGUACAAGAAUGGUGCACAGGGGCUUAAUGUCAACUAUGGAGCAACUAUUCUUUGCAAUGGAGCAGCGGAAAUUCUGGGAAACGUUUUGCAGAAUCCUAACAACCGUUAUCAGAUCAGUACCACAAUGAGAGGGAGUCCACUCACAGUUAACGCCACGUUAAAUUGGUGGGGAGAAAGUGUACCAAAUCUCAUUUAUUCUGUGAUCCUGGAUAAGAACAAGGAUUAUCGAUUGUCCAUAACAGUUGUAUUCCAGCCAUUUGUCAAGCUACCAUCUCAAAAAGCUAUAUCAGUGUCUUGCCCGCCUGAAUGGAUAAAAGACGAUGAGAUGUGUUAUUUGUACAAAGGAGGCUCUUUCACUUUCCUCGAUGCCGAGAACUAUUGUGGGAGGUAUGGUGGAAAUCUAAUCACUAUGCUUUCAAACGAAGACAAACGACUCAUAGAAUAUCUAAGGCAAAAAGAAUCAUUGGUUCGUUCAAGUGUGUUGCCUUCCCUGUGGACCGUAAGCAGGCGCUUCAUGAGGGAGUCCCACAAUGGAUAUGAUCAGCACAAUGAAAUAUGUCCGGUUGUUGCUGCAAACGGAAAUAUUUCGCAAACUCAUUGUAAUGAACUUCAUCCUUUUGUUUGUGUGAGGAGGCCAGUUAUCCACUGCCCAAACAGCUGUUUCCAUAAUGGAGACUGUAUAGGUGCCAUUUGUUUUUGUUAUCCCGGAUGGACCGGAGAAGACUGUUCCAAGUUUGAUUGCCAUGACUUGCAUGACUGUUCUGGUAACGGUGAAUGCAUGGGUCCUAAUGUCUGCAAAUGCUACCCCGGAUAUUUAGGUCUUGGCUGUACCUACUCCUUCUGUGGAAAGUACAAAAGCUGCGCUGAUUGUGUGACAGAUCCAUUCUGUGGAUGGUGUGACAGUUCAAACUCCUGUCAUGGAGGCUUUGCAGCGGGGCCUCCAGGAAUAAGUUGUUCUGCUUGGUUCUACUACCACUGUUAUACAGUAGGAGACAGACGUUGCUCACGUGAUAUAAUGAGGGUGAGCUGCAAAGGUAAUCAGUGCAACUUCAAAGAUGGAAGAGCAACUAUUGAAUCUUGUCAGAAAUGCCGAGACCUGGAAAAAUGUCAAAAAAUCACAGAAGAAAACCAGUGCAGAUCGUGGAAUGAGACUCAGUGUCCCGGCGGAAAAAUUAAAGUUAAUUAUACAGAUCCCCAGAGGAAAAAUAACGUGGAAUUCGCAAAAAAUGUGAAGUUUGUGGAGCCUAACGAAACUCUCAUUUACGCAUGUCCUGUAAUUUUGCCAAAACAAGACACGGAGUCGCUGGUUUUAGUUGCCCCAAGAGCCCUGAAAGUUAAAAAAAAUGAUAUACUGUGUAGUCCUCAAGCAGGAGGCAUCAUGCAUAAGAUAGUCAAAGAAAUCGGCGAUGGUCCUUUUCAAUUGAUGUUGAGCGCCCCAGCAGGAUUAGAAGAGGUCAUAAAGUAUGCGGACUUUAGAGACCAAGUAACUGCAGUACAAGUAGACGACGACUCGACGUUUGAAGAUGAGCCUGAUCAAGAUGACCUUUGGGAUGUUAUUUCAGGCAACAUUACGUUAGACGAGGGUCGGGUUAUUGUGCUUACAAAUGAAAUAUACAAGUGCCUCGGUCACACUUAUGACACUGGAAAAAGUAUUGUCCACUCGUAUUUCCUGGUAAUAGAGAAAAACAAUAACAUCCCAAAGACAGGUGACAUAGUUGUGUCCAAUGCUAGUGAUGGUUUCAUCGAGACUGUUGUUGCAGUUCAUAGAACGAACAACACCGAAUACUUAGAAACGAAAUUCCAGAGAUGUGGAGCAAACUCUCAUUGGACAAGCGCGAGUCUACAGGAAAGUAAACAAAGGCUUUCUAAGUCAGUAUCCUGUAGAGGAGGGGACAACAACGAAGGUCUUCUCCUGUCAAAACCAGAGAGCCGAGGGCGGCAGUUUUCUAUCAAUGACUCCAUUAUCGGAAGACCCAGCAGAGGCUUCAUCGCGAAGGUUAUAGAAGCCCAAUCCAGCGGAAAUUUUCUUCUGGUGGAGGUAAUUUCGGCCAUACUGGACAAAAAUGGAACUAUUACAACAGCUGUAGAUAUAAAUAUGCUGAAAAGCCACAACAGAAGACGCAGGCGCUCAACGAGAUACGAUUUUGAAGUGGCAAGGUUCGAACCCAACGGAAUACAUCACAAGUUGCUGUCAACGAAAAGCGCCAAGGUACAAGUCUCUUUGGAAAUGUUCUUUAAAGUGACUAUGUUUCUUGAGAUAGAAAAAAAGUGGUUCGGACUUGGAAUAGAGGAGGCUACUGCUGGUCUAGAGUUAGAGGGGAGCUUAGAUUUUUCUCUGGAAUUUGCUGUUAAUGGGGAGUUAAGGUAUAACAAAGGCCUAAAAAUCAUGAGAAAAAAACAGCUCGGUCGCUCAAUUUAUAUUCCUGUUGGGCCAAUUAAAAUUCCUGCUGGGAUUUUCUUGGAAAUAACAGGACAUGCAUCUGCUGGAUUAUCUGGAAAAAUUUCUCGUUCAAUAUCCGUAAACGGAGCAGUAUCUCUAGGAGGUGAAUGCAGUUGGAGCCGCGGAAGUUGCUACAAAACUGCUAAUACUGUUAGUCUCAGCAAAGACUGGAAAAACCCAGAUUCGCAACUGGAAGCUGGAGCAUCCAUUACAGUUACAGUGACACCCAAAAUCUCAGUAAAGGUACCAGCGUUUCCAAACUCGCAGUCAACGGCGGUCAGAACAUCAGAUUCUAGUUUGUUCGGCGAGUUAGUUAAAGUAGACUUUACAUAA